AUGCACUCAGCAAUUGUCAACCUCUCUUCAGAAAAGCCUGGUCAACAUGUCGAAUCAUCGGAAAAAUCGCCCGAGACCGACGACAGGCUUGCUUAUCUCAAGGCGGCUGACGACUGGCUUCUUCAGCAUUGCUACAGCAAAGAGAACCUCGAAAUAGAGCGACUGUCAGGCGAGCGACUCCCUCUUGAACAAUGCUACAUCAAUCUCAUGGGUCCAGAAGGCGGCGUCAGAGUCAGAUUUCACGACCUGUUCAGCGCCGCGCGGGCUCACGGCGCGGCAUCCAAACACUCGACAAGAAUUCUCAUUCGUGGCCAAGCUGGUGUAGGAAAAACGACGUUCUGCAAGAAAGCUGUUCACGACUUUGUGCAGGACCAGGUCUGGAGGCAACACUUUGAUCGCAUUCUUUGGGUUCGACUACGCAACCUGCUAUCACGAGAUGGAGGAAACAACCUCAAGGAACUCUUUUGUGAUGAAUUCUUCUCGCAGCAUCCAAAAUGCAGCAAGCUUGCUGGAGCGUUGCAAGACGCGUGUACUGACCCCGCCGGCGAACUCGAAAUGAUCGGCUUUGGGACAGAUCAGGUGUACGAAUACGUUAAGCACAUGGAGCCCGAAAGACACAAAGAGAUUCAGACAUUCCUCUCGUCUCGCCCGCUCAUCCAAGACCUCGUCCGUAUCCCCAUUCAGCUCGAUGCCCUUUGCUAUGGCUGGGAUCAAGUUUUCAAUCAAGGCCCUGAGACCAUGACGGACCUCUACCAAUCGAUCGAAAAAGGUCUGUGGAGCAAGGAUAUCGGGCGAUUGGGAAAGUCAAGGAUUAGUCUAGCUUCAACUGAGAAGGAUCAAGUUUGUGACAAGGAGAUUGAAGAACUGAUCGGCGACGAAAUAAGAGUUGUUGAACAACUCGCGUUUACUGGACUGUGUAACAACAUUGUCGAGUUCCAAGACAAACACGUCAAUAUCAUUUGUCGAUACACCAGCACACAAUCUACCUUUGUCAAUAAUACCUUACCAAAGCUUUCAUUUCUACGGACCUCAGACUCUUCAGUGGGAAAGCCGAGUCGUACCUAUCACUUCCUACACCUGACUCUACAAGAAUACUUCGCUGACCGGUACUUUGUGCGCAUCUGGUUGCAACAUAACAAGGCGGAUCUUGUCUGCAUCAACUUCAACCCAAAUGCGAAAUGGUAUGCAAGGGCCUCGUCUCACACAGCUACAAAGCCGAGGGACUUCCUUUCCCAAAACAAAUACUCAUAUCGCUACAACAUCAUGUGGCGGUUUGUUACGGGACUGUUGCAUUCAGGGAGGAACGGCUCCGAUGAGCUGGCGUUACAGUUUCUCCAAGCCAUCGACACUAAGCCACUCGAUCUGAUAUGCAUAGCCCAUCAGAGACUGACAAUGCAUUGCCUCGCGGAACUGCGUCCUUCAAUAUCAUCGGAACGACUCAAAAGUCAUAGAAGCCGCCUUGAGGUUCAUUUAGUGAGAUGGGUUAUUUUCCAAGCUCAAAGCAGGAAGCUCCAAGAGGGUACAUUAGCCGACGAACCCGAGUUCCCCAGCAAGGCAUUGUUGAUACUAUUGCAAAAGGAGGAUCCAGUCACCUUCAGAGCCGCUUUGAUGGCUUACAAGAAGAAGAUGAGGUCAGGGCCUCGAGUCCCACUAGAAUUCGAGCACGUCUUGACAUGUCGGCUCAGAAGGGCUGGGUCGGAGAAAACACAAAAGUAUGGCGGACCCGUGCUUGAGAAUGAUGUUUCUACGAUAAUAAAAUCUCUUGGUCCGCCGGAACACUGGACAGAAAGCGUAAGCCUUGCACUGAGUCUGAGUCUUGAGAAUCGGAACCCUUGGGUCACAUCUGGUGUCCAUUCUGCGCUGAGCGAUCAUCCAGAGAUUAUAGCGACCCAUAUCGAAGCUAUAUCUGCCAUUCUUGACUCUGCCGAUACUAGUCUAAGAUGGCGGACCGUGGUAAGGUUGAGCAGACAGAAGAACCUUCCCCAGUCGACUCUUGAUCGCAUGGCAAAGUUUCUAUGCAGACCAGAAGAGGCACGCGUCGCAAGAGAGAGGAUCCUUGACAUCCUGACAGCUGAAUCUUACUGGGCGAAGUACCUGACUUUGAAAGCGACAGAGGAUCAAGGUGGUGAGAAACGAAGGGACGACGUGGAUCUCGUGCAGACUGGACUGAAGCUCAUCGAAGACGAUUACCUGGAGACUGCUGCUAUUGCAACUUUGGCACUUGGCUACCAAGACCAGCAACUACCGAGAAAGGUUAUCAAAAAGAUCUUGGCGAGCCUUUUGCGAGAUGAUGUAGUCAUCAGGCUGGCUUCUUUGGAUGUAUUAGCUCGACAAACAAAUCUUGAGAUUGAAGAUCUAAGAGCUGUAUCUGAUCAUCUGGAUAACCCAAACAGCACAGUUCAGCUUGCUGCCGUCAAAGUACUUGAGGGUCGGGCCUUUGGACAUCAACUCAGAAAUACGACUGGUAGCGGAAAGGAUCCUGAGAUCCCAGGAGUCUCUAUCCGAGAGAGGCGCCAAAAGCCCUUAUUUAUCCCUGGAGGGUUCUCGGACGUUAUGCCGCCGUUCCCUGAAGCGGCACUCAACAAGGUCAUCCCGUAUCUUGGAUCUGAAUAUCAGAAGAUUCGGCGGGGGGCGCUAUUAUUGUUAGAUGGUCAAUCUAAACUUCCCGAGACAGUGUUGCGAGCAAUUAUUGAGCGUCUGGUGGACGACUACGAGCCCAUACGUCGACAAGCGAUGAAGACCUUGGAACGUCACCGACUGGAUCUAAAUGAACGACUUUACUCGGCUAUAGAGUCCCAUCUGGAUGUCAAAGAUGAAGCGAAAAGAGACUUGGUGUUUCAAACUGUUUACAGAACAGCCAGAUGUCCAGAGACUGUGCUGCGAACUAUUGAAAAAGCUCUACAUGACAGGGAUCAUCUCAUACGACUCAAUGCUCUUACAUAUUCGAUCCAUCACCCGGAAAUUCCCGGCAGACUUGAUGAAGCUGUGGCAGCCUGCUGCGAGGCCCUAACACACAAAGAGCCCAAAGGAAGGGAUUGCAUGAUCAAGAUGCUUACUCGUGAGAACAAGAGAUUCCUGCCCGACACAAGAACCCUUCACGCUCUUGCAUAA